UCUGACUGUACUGACAUCCAGAAUCAGCCAUCAACGUGGUACUGGUUCGUGAGAAUCAAAUACCGUUAGCGUAGGAUUACAGCGUGAUACAUAGGUACCACCGACCGGCAUCAACAACUUCUCACUCUCUGCUACUUCUUCCUGGCAUCGACCCUUAGCACGAAACUUAUUUACCAACCCAACCAUCUAGUAUCUGUUUCAAAUUCUAAGGCUUUAGUUGGUUGCUCGACUCUGAUUCGUUGUUCCACCCACGUUCUUCUGAACCAUACCUAUCCCAACCCCACAUCCUUGCUACGUAUUUGUAUGAAAAUGCGCAUCGCAUCCACACUGCACAUUGCGGCUCUGUUCGCUUUACCCUUUGUUUCAGCUCAAGACAACGAUAGCGCCUCAAUCGCAUCCCCCAGUGUGGGCAACAACGACUGCCCCAAGAUUGCACCUGGGCCGGUGAGCUUCAGCUAUCUGGCGGGGCUUUUCACGCCUCAGACUCUCCCUGAUCCAAUUGCGACGGAAUCUGUUCGUCAGACCCUGGCGCUCUAUGCGCUCGCCAUCGAUGGUCGCAACUACGAAGUGUUGAGAAAGGUGUUCACUACUGACGCCCGUGCCAACUACUCUGACCCCAUCGGUGUACUGAAUGGUGUACAAGCCAUCAUUGACAACCUGGCGCCCGGUCUGAACAACUUUGUCUCCACUCAGCAUCACCUCGGCACGCAACUGAUUCACAUCUGCAGUCUUACCAGCGCUGUGUCCGUUACAUACUUCCAGGCUACGCACUACUUCACCCCCUACACCGGCGUUGCGAACCCUGUAGACAAUAGCAAGGUCUUGAUCGACAAGGCUCAGUAUCAAGACACGUGGGCCAGGCAGAAGGAUGGAAGCUGGAAGAUCACCAACCGUAACUUGGUGCGGAUGGGACCUGCCACACUCGACGGCGGCUUUCCGACUUCGUAAUUUGUAUUAGUAUGUGUAGAUCAAAAUGUCAAAUCCAGCAGACAAGGGGACCACACAGUUUUGAGCCAAAAUAAUCUACGGCAAUAAGCUUCUCUGCUGCUCGUAAGUGAAUCGUCACUAGGCUCUUUGAGUUUGGCAUAAGCCGAAUUCCCUACCUUAGUUGGUCGUUUUGCUGUGCAGGAGGUAGGCCCAUGAGUACUGUGUAAUUACCGACCGCUUGCACAAACAAAUCACCCAGGGAUCGUCGAGGGGCAGUGACUCUGAGCUUCGUAGCCGGAAAGCACAAAGAAAU